UAAUCAGAGGCGCGCAGUUGCAGAAAGGAGAGCGGUUGCCAAGGCAGCCACCAAUCUCCCCUCCCCCCCUCGUUGCUCCCUCCGUUCCUCUUUCCCGUUUAUUAUCGGCAGAGGUCGCAUGGCAGAGGGAAGUCCAACCACUUCUGUACUGGAACCAAUGCAAGAAUAUGCAGCUCCAUAACAAAGCCCGUAUGGAGUCCUGAGAGCAGUGGAGGAAGCACGCGUCCGUGGGGGCUGUUUUAAUUGUUUUCUUAAAAAAAAAAAAAAAAAAAACGUGGAAAAAAAAAGAACCCACAAAACAGGAUCUAAGUUGGAGGUUUGCAUUGUUUGGCCAACACGUGCGUACCACCAAUGCAUUUGCACUCUCCGUCUAGAGCGAGUGAGUGAGUCUGUUUCGCAUCCUGGUGCCGGGCUCUGAAGGAGGACUGCGCAUCAGCGGAGUUGGUGCCGAAGUACGAAUGCGAAGAGAAGACAAGAGAAGAGUGCACCGAGUAAAACUCCUGCACUUGUUUGGGGUUUUUUUAUUUUUAUUUUUUAAUUCUUUUAUUUUCAGUGUGUAUAAUUACUCCUACUUUCUUGUGCUUCUGGCGGUGUGUUUGACAAGACAACAGUGAGUGAAACACGCCGAAAGUGAUUUCAUGCCUUCAGUCUCGCUCAGCCUGAGAUGGACGUGAGAUUUUAUCCUGCGCCCCCGGCAAAUGUGGGUUCAUGCUCCCUGCCGACUGAUCCAAGUUGCCUGAGCUCGCUGGACUAUUACCACUCGAACAAGUUUGAUGCUGACAACAUGUAUAUGAAUGACAGCAACCAAGAGUUUCGGUCACCAAAUCAGAGCUACUCCAGUCAGGGCAGAGGCAGCGGCGGCGGUGGAGGCGGAGGAGGAGGAGGAGGAGGAGGAGGGGGCACAGGGGACGAAGACUACGAGAUUCCCCCCAUCACGCCUCCAAACCACGUCGACCCUUCUCUACUUCACCUCGUAGAGCACGAGUCGGGCUACCCCUUCCACUCUCUGCCUCACAACGGCUUGCUCAACACCUACUCCUAUCCCGAGCUGCCUGCCCUCAUGAUGUCCAACAUGCUGGGUCAGGACACUCACCUCCUCUCUGGGCCUAUGCACUCGAUAAGCAACGAGAAGCGGAGCGCGGCAGAAAUGAUGAAGCCCAAGCCCAAACCUCAGAAGAAGAAAAAGAAGAAGGACCCCAAUGAGCCACAGAAGCCUGUGUCAGCGUACGCGCUCUUCUUCAGAGACACCCAAGCUGCCAUCAAAGGCCAAAACCCCAAUGCCACUUUUGGAGACGUCUCCAAGAUUGUGGCCUCCAUGUGGGACAGCCUCGGGGAGGAACAGAAGCAGGGCUACAAGAGGAAAACUGAGGCAGCUAAGAAAGAGUACCUGAAAGCGUUGGCCGCGUACCGAGCCAGUCUGGUUUCCAAGACAUACAAUGAUCCUGAACCAAAAAGUGCCCAGCAGACCAGCCAACCCUCUCACUUGCUGCCCCCCAAACAGCCCCUGUACAGCGUGCCCCCUCAGUCUUCUUCACCCUACCUGGGCCCCCCAGGCUCCUUCCCGCUCUCUGAGCUCCAGAGCUACGGUGGGCCGCCGCGCCACGCCCUGGGCCCGACCCUCAGCCAGUCCCAGAUGCUCCCGCCCAGCAUGAGUGCCUCUCCCCCAGCACCCUUCCAGAUCAGCCCGCCUCUGCACCCGCACGCCCAGCUCUCCUUGCAUCUGAAUCAGCCAAUCCGCAUGCAGCAGUCGCAGCCAAUCAUCUCACACCAAAUGGGGCUCCAGGCGCCUCUGCAUUCCCCUCCGCUGAGCCAACAGGGAUUCUCCCAUCUUCAGGCUGAUUACCAGAACAGCGUCGGGGGCUCGCAGUCCCCAGGGGCACCCAAUCCAGUGCAUGGGCAGAACCCCGACUGGGAUGGCGAGUACUGCAACAGGGAAUGUGGACCCAACCACUGCGGCAGUGGCAUGGGAGCCCGGGACAAGCCUCUCUACCUCACUUGAAGUUAUAUGACCUCCACAUGUCAGACUCCAGAGAGCUUUCUAACAUAACAACAGCAUCAUUGAUGUAUCUGCUUUUUAUUCAUUUUGUUUUUCUUUUUUCUUCUUCUUCUUCUUCUUCUUCUUCUGAUGGAUUUUGAAAAUCCCAAAGACUGCUACAGUACCACCUUUUUGCCAAGCACUUAAUCGGCCACAAGCCCAAGGCACUUCCUUUGCUUUCGUUUUUUUUUUUUCUUUCUUUUUUUUCCCCCUCCUGGUCUGUGAACAUUGUUUUUGGAGGUGGCGGUGAGCUUUAAGCUCAUUCCGGCAUACUGGAAAUGAGGGCCAAAAAUGUCCUCUCAUUUUGUUUUUAUUUUUUAAUUUUUUUUUAAUUACUUUCCUAUUCACUCACUUCCUCUCUGUUUGCCAUGAACUAUCCUUAUUAGGAAGAUGAAAUGCUUAAAGCAUACUCAAAGGUAGAAAAUGUAAUGCAGGAAAAUAGAAUAUAGUUGCUUCAUGAGGGGUGGACAUACUUCAGGACUUUCUGAAACAUCCCCGGCUGAAGGGAAAGCAACAUUUUAAUGAAGGUGUCGUUGAGAAUACAUAAGCCGUUUGUAAAUCAUUGCUCCGCUUACUAAAGGACUUUAUUUCCUUUAUCACAGAGUGAUUGUAAAUAUCACCAAAAUGGAACCCUCUCGUGUGUGUAUUAAGCUGGAGUCCCUCUGCCUUUUCUUUUCUUUCUUUUUUCUUUUUUUUUUUUAGAAAAGAAACCUCUCUUUUGUUUGGUUAUGUGAUUUUUCUGUGCUGCCGGAUUCAGUGAGGGGCCACACACAUUAAAGCUCAAGUCGACGCUGCGUUCAUGUCUCUCCAAAAAAAAGUAAAAGCAGGAAAUGCGAAGGCUGAAAACUGUUUGGUGUCCUUGUCGGCCGAGCAGAACUCCUUUGGAGGACAUCACUCUGCUCGCACGGCCACAGGACAUUACAAGGGUUAACGAUUAAACCAAUCCCCUUUUAGCUCCUCCUACUCUUGUCAAUAAGGACCGCCUCCUUUGCCUAUAGCCCCGCUUUCCAUCCUUUUAGUCUCACAUCACUUGUACAGGUGAAGUAAAAAAAAAAAAUAAAAAAUAUGUUGCUAAAUGUGAAAUGUUACUAAAGGAAAAAAAAAAACAUAACAGUGGGUUUUCAAGUUUUUGACUAGUUUCCUUAGGUGUUUUAGAAUUGUGUUAAAUUUUUCCAUCUUUCUCUUUUCUUUGUUUUUUUUUUUUUUUUGUGUGUGUAUGGAAAACGUUUUCAAGAUAUCUCAUUUUAAUUUUCACUGUAGCAGGAUUUGCUUUUCAGGUCAUCGGGGGUAGAUAUUUUAAUUUUGUGUACAAACCUGCCAAACAUAUUUCUUUAAUUUGUAAAGCCAGUGACAGAAGAGCCCCAUUUUGUUCUGUCGGAUACUAUAAUGUUUAAUAAUUUGGUCAUUUUAUUUAAUUUUUUGCAGGUUUUACAUGUAUUUAUGGACAAUAUGAAGUAACAUUUUGGCUUAUUUUGCAUCAGGGUGCAUUAUUAUUAUUAUUAUUAUUAUUAUUAUUAUUAUUAUUAUUAUUAUUAUUAUUAUUAUUAUUAUUAUUAUUAUUAUUAUUAUUAUUAUUACUAUUAUUAUUAUUAUUGAACCAACAACUUUAUUUUUAGAAUAAUAAAUAUUUUCUGAAUUUGUCGUUGGUAUACUUCUCACAUACAUGUACCAACAUUAGCUUCAUUUUUGUGUCACAAAUACUUCUUUUUUUUGUUUUCCUUUGUCUGUAA